AUGUGUUUUCUCUUCAUUUUUAUUCUUUUGAUUCAUUCAAUUGAUGCGAUUAUUCUAACUCAAAUUCAUCGAUCUUCACUUUAUCAAGCUAAUUCAUCUUGUACUUUACUUGAAAAUGUUACACUUCCAAGAAAUGCAUCGAUUCAAACUUGUAUAUGGAAAUGUGUUCAUCAAGAUAAUUGUAAAACAGCCGUUUAUUAUCAUGACAAUCAGACCUGUCUAUUAUUUGGUGAAAAUUGUCAAGUGGGUAUCAUAACAUCGUCUAAAAACACUCGAGUAAGCGUGAUUUGUUAUCGAACAACUCAAGAUACUUAUUGUCAAGCACCAGUAACGACGACGGCUUUUGCUACAACAAUGAGUCCUGAACAAAAUUGGACAAGAACUGGAAAUAUGAGUGUUGCCCGAUAUGUACAUGCAGCAGCAAUAUUAUCAGAUGGAAAAAUAUUAGUUACUGGUGGACGUAAUGGUAAUUCUUAUCUCAACAGUGCUGAAUUAUAUGAUCCAUCGACAGGUAACUGGACAAUCACUGCAAAUAUGAAUGUUGCACGAGGAUAUCAUACAGCAUCGACAUUAUCAAAUGGAAAAGUAUUAGUUACUGGUGGAGAUGGUGGCCCUUCUCUCAACAGUGCUGAAUUAUAUGAUCCAUCGACAGGUAACUGGACAAUCACUGGAAAUAUGAAUGUUGCACGACAACAUCAUACAGCAUCGAUAUUAUCAGAUGGAAAAAUAUUAGUUACUGGUGGACGUGAUGGUGGUCCUUCUCUCAACAGUGCUGAAUUAUAUGAUCCAUCAACAGGUAAUUGGACAAUCACUGCAAAUAUGAAUGUUGCACGACAACAUCAUACAGCAUCGAUAUUAUCAGAUGGAAAAAUAUUAGUUACUGGUGGACAAGGUAGUGGUAGUUGUCUCAACAGUGCUGAAUUAUAUUGA